GUAAGGAGAGAUGACUGAGGACGAUGGCGAAUGAUUUGCAGAUCCUGAGCACCACUGACAAGCAUAUAAACUUGUAAAAUGUGUGAAAAAUAAAUCUAAACGCAAAGAUGAUGGACUCUGACGUUUCAGCUGAGAGCCCAGAUGCAUAUGAGAAUGUUUUCUGCAACCCAGUUUUCCAGCUUGACGAAGAAAAUGAGGAAACCAAAGGACAUUUCAAAAUUGACAUAUACCUUGAACCUACUAAAACGCCAACCGCAGGUCACAGUGUGCUAAAUGACUGUUUGAUGACUGUAAGAGAUCAGCUGGGUGGCCAUGGAACGAUAAUCGUGUCGAUCGGUGUGCUGUUGAUUGCGGUUGUGCUUUGCGUCAUCCUGCUCCUCGUUCUUGAACACGUUAGGAGUAAUAAAGGAGAGAUUUCCCCAUUAGACUCUCGAGACAUAUUAUCACAGAAUCUGUCUUUGAGUCCAACUGCCCCUCAUCCCACACGUAGUUCCACACUCCCACUGCCUGGAAAAGAGCCCACGUUUUUUACAACAUGUGGCGGCGUGCUGACCGACUCCUGGGGGACGCUCAGUUCUCCCAACCACCCAGGCCCGUAUCCUCCAGAUUCUCACUGUGUGUGGAUGAUCAGGGUGUCUCCUCCGCACCUCGUGCAGAUCCACGUGUCUUCUCUGGCUAUCGAGGGACCAUCACCUUGCUUGUUUGAUUGGCUAGAAGUCAGAGAAGAGACAGAGAAGAAAUCUGCUGUCACAAGAUUCUGUGGCAGCGUGGCACCACCUACACUGAACACAAACAGCAGUACUGUGCUGGUGUCGUUUCAUUCUGAUGGGAGUAUUGGCAGAAACGGCUUCAUUGCACAGUAUCGUUCUAUAUUACCAGCACAGAAAAGUUGUUCCAGAGAAGAGUUCAUGUGUGACGGUGGUCGUUGUUUACUACCCGUUUCUGUUUGUGACAGUCAGCCGAACUGUCAGGACGGGUCAGAUGAAGUCAACUGCAGCCAGAAACACAAGGAGUGUGGAGGAAAAAUGACAGGAGAGUAUGGAUCACUGUCCAGUCCGAACCAUCCGAAGCCGUACCCACAUCAACAGUUAUGCACGUGGCAAAUAUCUGUGGAAGACGGACAAGUAAUUAGACUAAGUUUUCAGAACUUCAGUCUGGAAACACAGGAUGUCUGUGAGUUUGACUAUGUGGAGGUUUAUGACGGCGCAGACGCAGAUGUCAACACUGUGCUGGGCAGGUUUUGUGGGUCGGCUCUGCCUCCGGAUCUCACCUCAUCUGGUCCUGUGAUGACUGUGCUGUUUGUGGCAGAUGAAGGUGUUGCAGACAGUGGCUUUUAUGCAUCGUUUAAGGCCAUGCCUCUUUCAGGAAGAACAUGCGGUCCAGCAGAGUUUGCGUGUGGUUCUGGGGAAUGUCUGCACCAGGACUGGCUGUGUGACGGAUGGAACGACUGCGCAGAUGCUGCAGACGAGCACGACUGCAUUAACUCUACCUAUCCUCCUUUCACUUCACCUUGUGAGCCCAUCCAGGUUGAAAUGUGCAGAGGUCUGAGUUAUAAUCUCACAUCCUUUCCAAACAUCUGGCUGUCUAUUUCAGAUCAGAGAGAAGCUGCUUCUAUUCUGCACAAGUACAGGGUGCUGAUGGAGUUUGGCUGUUUCGAAUCUUUCCGGCAGCUGGUGUGUGGCAUGUUUGUUCCUCACUGCAGUGCUCAGAGUGGAGUUCUGCAGCCCUGUCAAUCCGUCUGCUCCACCGCUGAGCAGCAAUGCAGUCAAACCCUCAACUUGUUCAGUUUGAACUGGCCCUUCAACUGCCACCUCCUGCCCGAUUCACACGACCCCAUGGAGUGCUCCCUUCCAUAGGACACGCCACAGACCAAAAUCACUACAAUCAGUGAUACUCAGCUCAAAAUUGGGAUUAACUCAAAAGGAUUGUCAGUUUGCUGGGCAUUAAAAGUGACCUACUAUGUCCUCUUUUACAAGAUGUAAAAUAAGCCUCUGAUGUCCCCAGAGUGUGUAUGUGACGUUUUAGCUCAAAAUGCCCCAAUUUUUAUAGCUUGUUAAAUUAAACCUCCUUUUAGGUAUGAGUCAAAACAAGCCAUUUUUGUGUUUGUCCCUUUAAAUGCAAAUGAGCUGGUGCUCCCUUUUCAGAAGAGGCCGAAGCUUCAAGAGCCGGCAAAAACAAAACAGAACAAUUUCAGCCGGUCUCAUGGUGCUAUUGCAUGCUAUUACAAACUUUGUAAGUUAAUAUGAGCUUGACAAAUUGAAGUGGUCAACUUCACAUUGCUUUCAUAUGCAAUUUUCAAGUACCACAUUCUCAUUUAUGAUCAUUCUGGUUGCAUGUGAAGGCAGCAUCAGCAGACUGCUGCUUCUCACUCAGGGCAAUGUUUAUGCUAAUAGGGCAGAGAUUGUCACAAAUGGGCAGGAAUUUUUCCCUAUGAUAACGCAGGUACAUAGGGAGAAUCUGGAAUUGCUUGUUCAGAGAGACUGUUCAUGAUUUAUUAUCAUUAUAAAAAAAAUGAGUGGGUGGAUUUUUACCAUUAUAGGCUGGAUGUUUUCACACACUGUGGCCACACAACUCUGUUCAAACACCUUAUAAAAGUGAUUUUGCA